GGCUGUUGUGUUUACCUUAUAUUGCGUGAAGCUACUCUUUCUAUGAACGCCACCAGUCCAAAUUCGAGUUAGCCAGGGAGCACUUCAACCUUCUCGAAUACCAAACCAGCUUCCCAACUCCGUUGCAAUCCGUUGCGAGGCGUAGUGAUACACAAUGGGUUCCACCAAGGCUCUUGUUGUUGACUUUGGGAAUGUUUUGUGUACCUGGACACCACCCAGGGAGUUAUCCAUCCCGCCCAAGAAGCUGAAACAAAUCAUGUCUUCUGACAUUUGGCUCGACUAUGAACGGGGUAUCUAUAAGUCGGAGGACGAGUGCUACUUGGCGGUUGCAACUCGCUUCGGCGUCUCUCCCAGCGACCUCUCCUCGGUGAUGAAAAAGGCCCGCGAGAGCCUGCAACCAAACACCGCAACCCUGAAUCAUCUGUCUCAUCUCAAAAAGACCCAGCCUGGCCUCAGGAUAUACGGUUUGACCAACACCCCUCUCCCAGAACAAAGCAGUGUACGAUCCAUCGCCCAGGAAUGGCCUAUCUUCGACCAUAUCUACAUAUCAGGCAUCCUCGGAAUGCGCAAGCCGGACAUUGGCUGCUACAGGCUGGUGCUGCGAAAGAUUGGGCUUCCAGCGGAGUCCGUGGUCUUCAUUGAUGAUUCACCCGAGAACAUCCUGGCCGCGCAGUCACUGGGAGUACACAGCAUACUGUUCCAAAGCCACGACCAGCUCUCUCGUCAGCUUGGCAAUGUGCUGGGUGAUCCAAUCCAGCGGGGCCAUAACUUCCUACUCUCGAACGCAAAGCAAAUGAAUAGUACGACCGACAAGGGAGUUAUUAUCCGGGACAACUUUGCGCAACUGCUGAUCAUCGAGCUGACGCAGAACCCAGACCUUGUGGCGUUAGAAACAUGGGACCGUACCUGGAAUUUUUUUAUUGGACCUCCACAAUUGACAACUGAAAGCUUUCCCAAUGAUCUUGACACUACCUCCAUCGCUCUCUCGGUUCUUCCGGUUGACAAAGAAGUGGUAUGGUCUGUGAUGGACGAGAUGCUAACGUUUACCAAUGCGGAUGGGAUUUUUAUGACCUAUUUCGACCGAUCACGCCCUCGAGUUGAUCCGGUAGUUUGCACCAAUGUCCUGAAUCUUUUCUGCAUGCAUGGACGGGAAAGCGAAGUUGCAGCCACAUUUGACUGGGUGCUGGACGUUCUUCGAAAUUCGGCCUAUUUAUCAGGAUCCAGAUACUAUUCUUCGCCUGAUUGCUUUCUAUACUUUCUUUCACGGCUGAGCUGUGUGGUCCGAGACGGCACGCGACGCAGGGAGCUCAAGUCACUGUUGAAACAACAAGUGAGCCAGCGUAUUGGCGCUGAUGGUGAUUCCGUCUCUCUCGCCACUAGGCUACUUGCAUCGAACAUUUUAGGAAUCACAAAUGGCCGUGAUCGCUCCAGGCUUCUUGCUCUGCAGGAAACUGACGGUGGAUGGCCUGCUGGGUGGGUUUAUAAAUUCGGAAGCUCGGGGGUACAGAUUGGCAAUCGGGGGCUCAGUACAGCCUUGGCGUUAAAAUCAAUUGAGCGUCAGAAGGGGCCUGUUGAGGCGAUAUCCAGUGAGCCAGAAGCGUGGUGGCCAUCCCUCAGGCUUGACCGACUUCUCAACGUUUGGCCUUUCAUCGACUGGAAGGGAUAUUCGCCGAGUUGAGAUGACUACGCGGAGUAACCCUCUAAUCAGUAGAUCGGAAUAAGUAUGGCACCAGCCAUCGUCAACUCUAUGGUUGAACAUAUGCCGUUGAGUUACAUGGCCCAGUUGUAUCCUAGCCAAAACCGAUGUUGGGGGUUGGAUGUGAUUGAUUAUCUUUGGAUUAGACUUUUCUAUAUGGCAGUAAACAGCGGCCAUUCAGCAGCUUAUAGGAAGUGCAAUACACCACGGUAGUCUGCUAUUCCUAUCGUUUCCGCCGCUCUUUGCUCACAAAAGACCAAAAGAAACCG